GCACUUCUGGAGCUGGGAGGCCGGCGCGGGGGCCGGCCCGCCUUCCUCCUAGGUGCCUGCGGUGUUCCCCCGGCAGGCGCGCGCCGCGAUGGCAGCGGCUGAGCGGGGCUGAGCCCGCCGCCCGCCGCAGCCGUGGACUCCUCCGGCCCCAGCCAUGGCGAAGCAGUACGAUGUGCUGUUCCGGCUGCUGCUGAUCGGGGACUCCGGGGUGGGCAAGACCUGUCUGCUGUGCCGCUUCACCGACAACGAGUUCCAUUCCUCGCACAUCUCCACCAUCGGGGUCGACUUUAAGAUGAAGACCAUAGAGGUAGAUGGCAUCAAAGUGCGGAUACAGAUUUGGGACACAGCGGGGCAGGAGAGAUAUCAGACCAUCACCAAGCAGUACUAUCGACGAGCCCAGGGAAUAUUUUUAGUCUACGACAUCAGCAGCGAGCGCUCUUACCAGCACAUCAUGAAGUGGGUCAGUGAUGUGGAUGAGUAUGCACCAGAAGGUGUCCAGAAGAUCCUCAUAGGGAAUAAGGCUGACGAAGAGCAGAAACGGCAGGUGGGAAGAGAGCAAGGGCAGCAGCUGGCCAAGGAGUACGGCAUGGACUUCUAUGAAACAAGUGCCUGCACCAACCUCAACAUUAAAGAGUCUUUCACGCGUCUGACGGAGCUGGUGCUGCAGGCCCAUAGGAAGGAGCUAGACGGUCUCCGGACACGUGCCAGCAACGAGUUGGCACUGGCAGAGCUUGAGGAGGAUGAGAGCAAACCUGAGGGCCCAGUGAACUCUUCCAAAUCCUGCUGGUGCUGAGGGUCCCACGUGGAGCGCCCACAAGUCCCCUCUCCCCUCAGGAGGCCUACGGGCAGACAGGGAGUCUGGGCUUUGCCCUGCUUCUCCUCUCAUUCGGGUGACCCCGUGGAAUAUCAGUAGCUGCUGCUCCCCCCCGCCUGGCCCUGAGAGCGACUCCGGAGCGACCAGGCUGUCGUCUGGGAGCAGCCUCUGCCCCAGCCCUGCCCCUGGAGUGGCAUCUUCAGUCCCGUUCCCUGGCUGCAGGCCCGCUCGGAGCCCCAGGUGCGCCUGAGCACCUGCAACGCCCAGCUCCCCAGGCAACGAACAGCCCGUCCGGAGUCAAGGCCACUUUAAGGCUCCUUCUCAGUGCAUCUCGUCUCCUGUCUGCUUUUUCUCUCCUCUUCCCUCUUCUCUGUGUCCCCUCUUCUCUUUGUCCCCUCAAGCCCUUUUCCCUGUGUGGCCUGCUUUGUGGCUGCUGGCGCAGCAUCUUUCUUUCCUUUCCUCCUGACCCCGUCUGAGGGAAUGGACUCAGGCUCACGGGGAUGUUCCAUCUCUGCUCCUGGGAGACCCUCACCCUGCUGUGUGAGUGGGCCAAAGGCGAUGGGUGCCUCUUCCCAUCCUCUGCUCCCCGCCGCCCGCCCGUUCUUGUGCCAUGGGCCUGCCUCCCCUGUGACCUGGGAAAGUGGAACACCAAGGUAGGAAGGAAACACCAAACGCAGUCCUUCACCUGGGGCCGCGCUACCUCUCCCUGCCGCCCCCUUCCACUCCAGCUUUGGCCUUGCUUGCCCACCUGCCCACCUGCUUCUCGGGGAACUGAGCUUGGAGGCAGGUGCUUUAGAGAAGAAAAAAAAUGAUGAGGGGCGGCAGGGGUAAAAAUCACCUCCAUUCUCUACCUCCCAUGCAGUGUGUACACAGUUUCUCCCACCAGGGUUCUUGAAUUUAAAGACGUGAACCAAAGCCUGAGGGCACUGCAGGGGCAAGGAGAGCCCCGAGGGAGUGGCUGACAAGCCAACUCAGAAAGAGGAGCAUUGGGAAACGAAGGACUAGUUACUAUAUAUCGAGUUAAUAGCAGGGGAGAGUGGGCCAGGGACAGCAGUUCGCAAACCAAAGGAAACAUGGGCUCCCUGGGCCCCACCUUCCAGUUCUUGUCUAAGAAGAGCAUUUCCCCUCAACUCCCUGGCCGGUGAGAGGUGGGGCUUCACAGAACCCAGCCUUCAGCCCAAGGCUUUCCUGAGACCCAGAGUUCGUGGCAGAAGAGCAGGGACUUGGUGGGAGAAAGGGAAGCAGGCCCUGCUCAGUGCUGUUCUCAUCGGCCUGCUAGACAGAGUGCUCAUCUUGCCCCUCUAGUUCCUGAGGGGGAGCUCUGAGGGGCUGCCAGCUGCCCCCCUCCCGUGGGCACUGUGGCCACGGGUGCAGGGAACAGGACUCCUCCAGAGCUCUUUGUUCAGGAAGAAGUUCUUUAACCCCGCAGAGCCCAGGAAAGAAACGAGUGAGUUACCCGCCCUAGCAGGGCCCCUCCCCGCCCCCCCCCCCCAGCCUUCCUCAGGAGGACCAUUCUCAAGCUAUACACUAGCCGUGUUGCAUGGCUGGCGCUGGAGCUAAAAAAAUCACUGGGCAUUGUGCAUUCACCAACUACGGACCAAAAUUCAGGGCACACCCAUGUGAAGGAUUAAGAACCCCACUUCCUUACUCCAAAAAAGUGGGGGGAUGAAAUCAUCAAACCUUUCCUCCAGACUCUCAUCAAACCAGGAGGUGGUGGCUGAGGACGUGGGAAUGGGCGACAGAUUGCACAGUGGAAGGAAAAGGAGGCAGGAAUAGUUAUAAGUCCGAUGAGAAAGGUAGAGAGCUGACUCUAGGAUGAAGUCAGGAGUGCGGCUAGGGAUGCUUCCUUGAGGACUCCUCGGGUGUCAGGACAGAAUCAGCAUCGCCCUGGGGGUGGGGAGCGGGGCAAUGCCAGCCCUCAGCCCAGACUGCAGGAAGGGGAAGUCUACUUGCUUUGGCUUCACCCUGUGCGUAGGGUCGCAGCUCUCCCUGAAGGUCAGGCAGAGCACUGCUGCCUUUCUCCUAACCGCUUCAGCACAGAGGAACUCCAUCUUAACUGUGUGCUGGGGGUUCUGGAAGGGAAACCAAGGGGCCGAGAGUCUGUGGCCCGAGUGGCCCCAUUCUAGGACCACAGCUGGGGAAGGUGUGGGAGCGGGAAGAGGGUCGGAAUGUUAGGGUGCAGUUACACUCAGCGGGUACCAGAGUCGGCCUCUCACCCCUAACGUCUGCAGUCCAGGAGGUGGCCAGGGGUCUGGCAUUAGGCCCGGACUGUGGAGCAGGUGCUCCUGCCUGUUUACUCCUCACCACCUCUGCACCUGCUGUCCUGAGACUCAGCCCAGCCCUGGGCCCUCCGCCUGCUCCUGAGCCCCCACCAUCUCCCUGUGACGGGUGAACUUUGUGUACUGUGUCUCGGGUCCAGUAUAUGAAUUGUGAGCAGGGUUCAUUAUUUUAAACACAGAUGUUUACAAAAUAAAGACUAUUCCAAACCA